AACGGGAGUCCCGAGAGCAUGAGGAGCCGACCACGUCGGAGAUGACAGAGGAGACCUACCCACCCAAGGCCUACCGGCCCAAGCAUGGGCGCCUCUCCGAGCUCAAGGCUGAGGCCCUGAAGAAGGACCGCCGGAAGAAGCUGACCCUGGCCAAGUUCGUGGGCAUGGCGGAGAACACGGCUCACCCCCGCGUCGUCAUCCCCGAGCUCCGGCAAGAGUUUGAACUGGGCCCCUGCCGCAGGCACAUGGAGGCAUCCCUGCAGGAGCUCAAGAGCAGCCAGCGGAUGGUCCCCCGCGCUGUCCACCUCCCCAACUGCGACCGAAAAGGCUUUUACAAGAGGAAGCAGUGCAAGCCCUCCCGGGGCCGGAAGCGUGGGUUGUGUUGGUGCGUGGACAAAUAUGGCAUGAAGCUGCCGGGGACUGACUACCUGAGCGGAGACCUGCAGUGCCACGCGUUCGACAGCAGCAACGUGGAGUGAAGUCGCAUCCCCUCCCUCCGCCCCAUCACUACCUACCCAGGCUCCCUUCCACCCUCCCCUCCACACCUCCCCGCGCCCCGGGACUCCGAUUCCUUUCAUCUCAUGUAAGAAGAAAAAAAGAAAGGAAAAGAAAAAAGAGAAAGGAAGGAAAAGA